AAAAAUAUUUUUAUAGCUGGACCUAAUCAUCAUAUUUAUAAUAAUAAAUGUUUACUUCCAAAAGUAGACAAAUAUGAAACACCUUUUGGUUUUUUAGAAAUAAAUAAUGACAUAAUAUCAGAUAUUAUGAAAAAUGAUUCUUACAAUUUAUACGACUUUAUUGAUGAAGUGGAUGAUGAAGAAGAACAUUCAAUAGAAAUGCAACUUCCUUUAAUAAAAUAUAUAAUUAAAGACAAAGACAUAAAAAUAAUACCAAUAUAUGUAGGGUGUAUUGGCAAUGAUAUUGAAAAAAUAAAAUUAAUCUGUAAUCCAUUAAAAAAAUAUUUUGAAAAUGAUGAUAAUUUAUUUUUAUUUUCGUCGGAUUUUUGUCAUUAUGGUGCAAGAUUUAAUUUUACAAAUAUAUUACAAAAAUACAAUGAUAAAUAUAUUUAUAAGCAAAUUGAAAACAUGGAUAAAGAUGCCAUCAAUAUUAUUAGUAACCAUGAUAUUACAGGUUUUAUUCAUUACCUAAAUAAAACACGUAAUACAAUAUGCGGUUCAAAUCCAAUAAAAAUUAUGCUAAAUUUACUUCAAAAUUAUUCAGGAAAUAUUUUAACAAAAUUAAUGCAUUAUUCUCAGUCUAAUCACGUCAAAAAUAUGAAUGAUUCAUCAGUUUCGUAUGCUGGAAUUGUUUCUUUUAUUAAUUAA